GAUUCUGCAGCCAUGGUAAGAAUUCCACUCGCACCAUGUCUAUAUUGAUGCUUUGAGGCUCGGCACCUUACCCAACUUGAUGAAAUGUGUCCGACAUAUGGCGGUGGCUUCUCCGAGCCCAAACAGAGUCUUCGUAGUACAAUCGGAUCGAAGGCAGGUACGUUGUGCAACACCUUAUAAACCGCCACCCAGUACAUUUCUUCGGCGUCAUGAAGAGGUGUGACCCAGAAGUCCGGGAUUGACAUGGCUGGCUGAAUAGGGUCGGAGGCUUGCGACUGCCGGUCGGUAUUGGAUCCCAUCUUGGAAAACACACGCCGGAGGCUCCGAGCUGUGCCACCUACUAUGUCGUGCACCGGAACACGAAGCUCGCUGAACACUUCCCAACAUUGAUUAACGUUGGCAUAACUUGCCAGCCACUUGUCCUACUUCACCUCCCCGGUUACGUUGGUCGGGGUGGCUUUGAGAUUGCCAGAGAGACCGAUGGAUGACCCUGGAGAAUUCAGGGCAGUUUAUCAAGCCAGUCGUAUGGUUCCACACGAUUCAUCACGUCAACCGCACACUAUCAGGUUUGAUGAGCAAUGAUAAGAUAAGAUGUACAUACCUGGCACCUCUUGUUUCGACAACGACAACAAUAUUUCCGGUAAUAUAUCCUAGGCCGAACACCACGGUACCGGAUAUAAGCCACCGGCAAUGAGUGGCGCUCCUCUCCUGCUGGCCGUCCAAAUCUGCGUUGACGUCGUCCUUUGCGACUCGACCUCCCUCUGUUCACAUCACAAUGUCGGACAACUCUGGCUCAUCUGGAUCCUCUAAUCCUGCCCCAACUCUCCCUUCCAUACCUUCAUCAUCAACUCCACGACAAGAUCUCGUCCAGAAUGCAGUCACGUUCCUCCUCGACCCUUCCGUACAAUCCGCACCCUUGGCAAAGCGGAUCGCCUUCCUAGAGUCAAAGGGCCUGUCUUCAUCAGAGAUUGAGACGGCCUUACACCAAGUCAGCUCUAGAGGGUCGACAGCUCCAACUCAUGCACAAGCUGGUACGGGUAGGGUGACAUACAACCCUGGGGGCUCAGGGUACGGACAGGGAACUGCGGCAGGAACACACCUGCAACAGAUGGUAGCUCCUCAAGCUCCAGCUAGAGAUUGGAGGGAUUACUUUAUUAUGGCCAUCGUCUCUGGCGGUGUCACCUUUGCGCUCGUCUCCCUCUUCAGGCGCUAUGUCCUCCCGCAUCUCCUUCCACCAAGUGGGCCUGCGUUCCAACAAACGAGCGACGCCCUCACUUCUGCAUUUGAUUCCCUCGCCGAACAAGUUCGGAAGUUGGAAGAAGCGCAGGAGAAAGAGAAGACCGAUCGAGAGAACGAGCGAGAGGAGGUGGAGAAGGUACUGGGGGAGGUGAGGGAGGGGGUGAAAGACGUCAGGGAGGGCGAGGAACGGGCAAGGGAGGAGUGGGAAGAAGUCAGAAGGGAAAUGGAGGGAAUCAAGGAGCUUGUACCCAAGAUGCUCGAACGCCUCACGAGCAACCAAACCCGUACUCUCACAGAACUUCAGCAAGAGCUCAAGUCCCUCAAGCUGCUCUUGCUCAACCGCACUCCUGGUGCACACUUGCCUUCCGCACCCUCACCAUCAUCCUCACCAGCCCCCUCGAAUGCCACCGGUCAUGCAAGGUCCUCAACCUUAGUCACCGGUUCAAGCAACACAUCCUCACUGGGUACAAGCACGCCUGCGACUCCGGUACCCCUACAACAAGCCUCUCCCUUCCUUUCUGGCUUCGGGCUUGGAGGCACCGGUCGACCCAGCAUUCCGAGCUGGCAACUGCGCCCUACCGCCGGCCAAGAAGCAGAGGUGUCUGGGAGCAGCGGUAGCGGUAGCACCAAGGGGAAGGAAGUGCUUGUUUCGGAGGAAGCCAGUGUUCCGGAAAUAGGAGAGAGAGAACAAGAGGCGGCUGUAUAGCCUGAUCCAGACUGUGCUGGAUACAUGUACUUCUGAAGUCGCCUUUCCG